GUUAUCUUCCGUGUUUUGAUAUUUCAGGCGUACGACUUGGAUUAUAAUGUUGUAAAUAUUGGAAGUCAGACGGUGUUGAUCGCUGGAAAUGUAGGUAUAAACAAGUUGGAAAUGAUUGACCAGCAUAAUGAUGAUCAACGAUAUGGUAGAACAUGAACUGUAAGCUCUGCAUGUCAUUAAUAUUGAACCAUGUAUGCUUAGAGCCUUAGAGGUCCUUACAGCGAGCCAUACAUGUCAUUAUAAGUAGGGAACCAUGUAUGCGGAGUGGGCCUCACUCCAAGAUGAUAUCCAAUGUGACAAGGCCAACCAGAGUGUCCUUCACAAGUUCCCUCCCCUUGUUGGCCGUGAUGUGGCCUUUACUGUGGUCAAGCACAUUGCGUCUAGUAUCAAUCUUGCAGCCAACAACUCCGAGCCAUCAAACCUCAACACUGACAAAGAUGUUAAAUGGGCCAUGGAGGUGCUAUGUUUUGGGCUGAGCUUACCACUGUCAGAGCACGAGACAAUCAAGGAGUGUGUCCUUGUUUACUUUGAAUGGUUAUCAGCAUGCACAUCACCGAAAGUAUGUGUUCCGCGGCCAGUGAAGGAAAAUCCUAACCCGUAUGCUCAGGACAUGAUACAUCAUCUACUUAACCUGUUUGUGCCACGUCCUGGCUCAGGGGUGGAUUUGGUGAAGCGACAGGCACUUCUUUGUCAUCGGGUUCUGAGGUGUAUAGAAGAUGUAGCAGAAAAGUCCAAUGUGCUGACAAGGGACACCUGGGAAACAUUACUCCGGUUCCUCCUCGCGGCCAACGACAGUUUGCUGUCUCCCCCAACAGAGAAAGACGAUACAGGACUGAGCUCAUAUGAUAUCGGCGACCACCUCUGUGAGAGAGUGCUGAGUGUCCUGUUUGAAAUGUGGCUACUGGCUUGUCACAAGUGCUUCCCGUCACCAUCACUGUGGAAGACUUUCAGGAAUAUGUGUGUCAACUGGCGACAUCACGAGGCACUGGUCACACAGUGGCACAAGGUCAACCAUAAUCUCACGUCACGCCUUCUAAAGAUCAUGUAUGGAGCCGAUUACCCAGAGCUCCAGCUUAAUGAGACCGAGAGCCAGUUCAUCUCACCAGAUGUGACGGACGACUGUGUAGCACAGUGCUGGUUUCGAUUCCUUCACAUCAUACAGAAUCCAGUAGAUCUAUGUCACCCCGAGAUCAUCGGCGGGACUCCAAAGUUCCUACAGCUCCGCUCAGGAGAGGGAAUUGACCCUACCCAGCACGAAUGUCUACAAAAACUGCCAUAUAUUUUCUACAAGGCCAUGAGGGGAAUCUCCAUCUUAAUUAAUGCAUUUCUAGGAAUAUCUCAGUCACUGAAGGCAGAGGAGGAACUAACCCAGCCUCCGUCGAGUAAUCGUCACUCAGUAAACGUACCACCAGUCACACCACCCGGACAGAGGAAGUCUACACGACCAAUGUCAGUACUGGCUGGAACUCUCUCUCAGAAAGGGUCCUCAAAGUCAUCCUCAGUCACCACUAAAUCGGCCCUUCCUCCUCCCUCCAACUUCCCUGGUCAGCUCCUGUUGGACUCUCGUCAGCCCCUGGCCCCAACCCGGCCACGCUGCAACAGUGUCCUCCAUAUGUACGGGGCCUGGCUGUUUGAUGCAGCCUUAGCUCGAGUCCGACUUCUGGCGUGUCAUCGAGGGCCCACUGUGAAUGCUCGUGCAGAUCGAAGAACAAAUUCAUUCACAGACAACAGACAGACCUCCAUUUCCCUGGACUAUCAUUCCGACCUGAGUCUGUCGGUGGAUAACACGUAUGAGACCGGGCGAGCUGAGGCCCUUGGGGCCCUUUGUAGGAUUUUCUGUGCACACAAGACGGGGGAAGAAAUUCUGCCAGUCUACUACUCACGGUUCUACAUAGCCAUGUACUAUGGCCUACAGACAUCUGAUGAUAGCCUGAGUGGCCAGGUACUGGCGAGUAUCCUGUUUAACUCCUGUGACCUGUUACGUGUUGACCUUGACGGUGUACAGAUUUUGGUUCCAUACAUACUGGACGCACUACAACUAAUACUCAGCGACCAAUCUCCGAGACUCAAACUCAGCGACUCAAACGUGGACUGUCAUAACGUGGAGCUGCGACGGUCCUGUAUACAACUCCUGUUGUCUCUACUCUGUCUGCCUUUACACUUCAAGGACCUGGAAAUCAAUGACAUUGUGUCCAGCCCUGAUACCCCAGUUCAGUGUAUCACCUUCCUGUCCCUUAAGAAGAAGAUUAUGGAGCUGUUGCUGAAGGCACUGUACAACGCCAAGGAUCCUACCAAUACCCAGAUGUUGUUAGGUGGCCUGAUGCUGAUCGUACAGGAUUUAGCCAUGAGUGAAGCAGUGGACCAGACAACACUUCAGCCUCAGCACGACACUUCUGGGGAUUCCGAUUCACAUGGAGAUACGAGUCGAACAAGCAUGAACUCAAUGUCAUCCGACUCCAGUUACCAUGAGUCCUCUUACCAUCGCCUGCCACUCACUUCUCAGGAUCUGGAGACAGCCUACGGCCUGUUCGGUGAUGCCACAGCUCUGGUUUGCCAUCGUCUGAUGGCCUCGUGGAAGACAGACCUGAACACAGCCCUGGCAGCCAUGGAACUUCUGGGGGGCCUUGCCAAGGUCAACAUUAACCCACCAAAUCUACUCAUGUGUAAACGCACGGUGAAGUGGAUUUGUGAGUUCAUCGUUUAUCAGUGUAGCCGCCCCGCCCCCUCGCACUCCCGCGACCUUCACUCGAUGAUCGUGGCGGCGUUCAAGUGUCUCACUCUAUGGCUUGUGGAACAUAGCCGUCUGAUGUAUGACAAGGAAUGUCUCAUCAACGUUCUGGAGGUGGUGGAGCUGGGUAUCUCAGGCUCAAAGUCACAGAAAGUGACAGGAGAGAAUCACAGUGUUUCCGCUAAGGAUUCAAAAACUGUGACAUCACAGAAUCGGGCAAGUGAUCCACCAAAAUUCAAGGGAGAUAAGCAAUUGAUGCCAGCAUCCAUGAGGGUGAAGGAUGCCGCAGAAUCUGUUCUCACCUGUAUAAUUCAACAUGUGGGAGCCUUUCCUCCUCCAUGCGGACCUGAAUCAUUAUUUUCCUUAUUGGAUGAGAAAUCACUUCUCAAGUAUUGUAAAGGUGUUGGAUUUUCUGAACAGGCCUCACCUUUCCGAUAUUUUGUCCUGGAGAAUUCUAUCAUCGUCGGAUUGUUGGAACAGCCACUUGGAAAUGUAGAGGAUCCACUGCCUAAUGUGACAGCACUUAUACGGGGACCAUUUGGGAGACAUGCCUGGACCAUGCAAUUACGACAUUCUCCCAGAAAUAAAAAUGUAAAUGCCAAAUCCCAUCUGAGUGACCCUGGACGACCCCUGCCGAUGGAAAAUGUUGGAAUUCACCACAACGUCAAACACCGACACUUCCCAGAAUCUGUUGACAAGAUACCUCUCACACAGGCAGACAAAAGUAUCCCGACUCUCGAGUCGUUGGUGACAGAGAAGGAACGAGCCAACCUGACCAAGCUCAAAUCCUUCAUCGAGAAACAGAUACAGUUUGAGAACCAAGUCAGCAGCCGCAGUAAAGCAGAUCUCACCAAAUCUAAGUUCCCUAAUCCCGAAACGGAAUGUAAACCUCCGAAGGUGACCCAGGAGUUCCAAACAGCAAGGCUCUUCCUUUCUCACUAUGGAUUUUUGUCUCUGGAAUCCCUCAAGGAACCAAAGAACAGCAAUAUUCCUCCCGCCCUUGUGAUGCUGGAUACAACCAACUCGGGCCUGUUUACAGACCUUGAAAGUCUGGACACAGUGACCGCGCGGGAUAACGACACUGUUCACAUAUUCUACGUCAAAUCUGGACAGAAACUGCCACAGGAAAUACUUGGAAAUGUUACGUCCAGGAACAAUGUCCAGCCUCAGUUCCUUGAAUUCCUACACUCGUUGGGCUGGCCAGUGGAUAUUAGGAAACAUGCCGGCUGGACCGGCCAUAUCAGUACAAGUUGGAAAAUCACGGAACCGGACGACUUGGAUGAGGGUGAGUUCCAGCUUGGUACGGGAGGCUGUAUCUACGACGGACGACAGCAGGUUCUGUACUGGGCCGAUGUUUCCUCCGAAGUGGCGUUUGUUGUACCGUCCAUAGAGACGUACAAUACAAAGAUGUUGUCUGUCGACUCCAAUGGAGACCGGUCACCAUUAUUCCCUCACCACCCAAUGGAGAAGCAGGGGACCGAACCCAUGCACAAACCUAAAUCAUUGUCUCUGGAGCGCACCCUCACCUCUGAGGUCGGGGACAGAACCCGCGGAGAUAGAGAUAGUCCUAGCUCUCCCCAAGAACCCCCACCUGUCCGCUUCCGUAACCAACGGCGACAGCCGGCACAUAUGAUCGGACCAGACACUAAAAUGUUUGUGGUAUGGCUCGAGAACUUUGAGGACCACGAUAACUUCCCUACAGGAGAGUUACUUGGAGUAACGAGUACGGGUAUGGAACACUUUGUGACGACGAGUACCAGUAGUACGAGUUCUACACACAAACUUCAGGAGAAGGACACAUUUAUUAUAUUUAUACACGCCCUCAAAAAUGGACUCUUCCGUAUACAUAUGCAGGGCCAGACAAACAGAGUUUCCAUGGCGAUACCUCUAGUGGAUGGUAUGGUGGUCAGCAGGAGAGUGCUUGGAACAAUGGUCAGACAGACGUCCAUCAACAUAUGUCGCAGAAAACGGCUGGAGAGUGAAUUGUACCAACCUCCCCAUGUGAGAAGAAAACAUAGAAUCCAGGAAAUAGUGAAAAAUUAUCAUCUUAAAAUGUCUGAACCGGAGUUUUACACUGCAUUAUUUCAAGACGUUCCAAAGUGAGGCUUGAAUGACAACAUUGUGCAUCUACAGACAAAUCGUUUUAUUUGUGGAAGCCUCCGUGAAUUGAGUGUUGUGAUUGAUAGUUUUACAAUCGCUUGACCAGUUAUUAAGCUUGUAAAGAUAAACCCAAUGUGCCAAAUUAGGGAAAACUGAUAUAUCAGGCUGGAUUUGAUGAGAAAAAUGUUUGAGAUUAUAGUCAUGUUGUAUCCUCUCUCUGAAUUUUAUUUUGCCAUAUUUGAUUUUCAAGUUUGUCAAAAUUAAGAUAUCUUUUUAAUGAUUAAAACACAUACAAUAUAUAGGGGUUUAAGAUUUCAUUAGCCUAUGUUCAUGAGAAUGGAAAAUUUACUAUCAUGAAAGUAGGUUUGACUUGUACAGGGUUCAUACAGACCAGGAAGGUUGGUGAAAUUGAACUCUGAGCUUCAAGAGAAUUAAUGUAUCCCUGGAAUCUUGGAGAAUAUUUAUAUACUGUAUUCUGUCCGGUGAUGAACCGUGUACUGUUUUAUUAAUGAAGGACUGUUUCAUGGUCUGACAAGGCAAUUGUGUGCUAAAAACUCCAAACUUCAGUCCUGUUUAAAUCUGUAGGAACCAUGUAGUCUAUACAUUAACUUGUACAGAAAAUGUACACAACACUGAGAUGUUGUCACAUAUUAUGCAUAGUGAUUUUUUUUUUUUUUUUUACUUAAUAAAUCUCAGCCUGAUUUUAACUGGAGUUGGAUAUAAAUGACAUGGCAGUGUUCAAAUGAAGUUGUGUUCACACAUGUAAAAUUUACAUAUAUACACUUACACAUGUACACAUAUACUUGAUUAACUUACAAAUGUAUACAUACAGAUCACUUACACAUGUACACAUACACCUCACUAACUUACACAUGUACACAUACACCUCACCAACUUACACAUGUAC